AUGGUCGAUAGGGCGGUUUCAUUUGUGAAUUUAGAAGAAGAUGGUGAUGAAAACAGAGAUGAUGAUAACGAUAGCACAGGGCCAUCAUAUCGCAGAGAACUUAGUAAAACUAAGUUAGAAUUACUCAAACCUUUGUGUAAAAACAAGAACAAAGAAAUCAAUAUAGAUGAUCCUAUUUUAAGGAAAAUUCUACUACUUCAGGAUAUCCUUUAUGAAUUCCCAGAAUUGGAAACUAAUUUAUUAAAUUCGAUUUCAGGUACCAAGCAGAAACCUGGAAGAGGGAAAUUCUUUCGUUUAUUCUUUGGUUUAUUGUUUCUAGUGUUGAUGUAUGUGUGUAUAUUUAUAUUAGGGUUAAUAGUUUCAUCCUAUCUUUUAUCUCCGAUUCCUAUAACGGGAACGGUGAUGACUAACUAUAUAGACCCAACUAUGGAGAAUGAUUUGCAAAAAAUUGUUUUGGUACCUCCAACUGAAGGAAGCAAUAUAUUAAAAAUUCGAGGUAGUUUCAAGGUUUCUUAUAACUUGUACAAUAAUACAUUCUUUUGUGGAGCACUUUCGAUUUUUGCUCAUGUUUCUUAUUUACCUCAAUCUGGAAAGGCAUCUAACUAUGAAAAAUGCUUUGGUGAUUCAGUUUAUAAAUAUAUAUACAAAUAUACGUAUAAAAAUGUAAAAACGGGGAAUUUGGAAUUUUUUAACAAAUCGGAAUAUAACACGAAAAAUAUGUCACUUAGAGAUGAUGAUGUUCUCAAAAAGAAAAGAUUUGGAAGCCUAAUAACUUUAGAGAAAGUAGAAAAUGAAAAAAACACGGAAUUUAAAGGUAUAAAUGUUCUAGAAACAACUGUUUAUAAUGCUUUUUUCGAGCAUCCUCUGGCUUCCAAUAAAAUUGAAAUUAUACCGAAAAUUUCAAGAGGAUUUAACAAAGUUGUGAUUUUAGUUACACUAGAAACCGAAAUCGACCCUGAAAAUGAGGAAUACAUGACUAAAAGAAUGUUGACUGAUUGUAAAAAUAGUGGUUUCCUAACUCUGAAACUAGACUCUAGUUUGCAAAGUUUUGAUACCAUGCUGUUUAGCGGAAACAUGCUGCCUACUAGUUUUUUGCCAUUUUCUGUACCCUGUAUCAUUACUACAAAUAAAGAGAUUCUGGAUAAUGUGGCUUCAAUUGCCAAGAAUCAAAGGAUUCUAUACAACAGACAACAAUUUAUUCUAAAGAAACUAAACACCUCCCUUAAUAUUUAG